AUGUCCUCGAACGAACUUGCGCAAUAUUUCCGCGUUACCGUUUGGAAGAAAGUUCGUCAGUUGAUUGCAGAUAUCGAUUUGGAGAAGUAUACGGCAAUAACACAACGAGAAAUUGCCAUUUAUCACACAGCCGAUGGCCAACUCUACAACUCAGACGUUAUCGAGCAGAACAGCGAAGAGGCGCUGGAAGCGAAGAACGUUAAACGUGAGAGCAAGGCGUACAAAUUCAAAGAGCAAGUUGCUGAGGUGGAGCUGAGAAGAGAAUUGGCCAGAAAAAGGCGACAGGAAGGGAAAUUAACCGAGCGGCAAAAGAAGGCCGUUGAGGCGGAAAUACAAGCAGAGCGAGAAUUUCGAGCUGCAUUGCGUGGAUUGUAUGAGGAUUGUGUUAGUCGAUUGGACGUGCUGAAGGCAGCGAUAAACGGUAAUCCGAAUGGCUCGAUGACCAAUAUGGAUUUAUUAUUCAAUGUUCUCAUUCCAAUGCUCAAAUCACCAUUGAUUUCCGAAGCGGUCGUUGAUACGUUUCGUGCGUAUCGUAACGCUGCAUUCGAACCAUCAGAUGACUAUUUGCACGAACUAAUCCUACACACAACCGUACGUGCGUAUGAUUCGUAUUAUUUGGAUGGCGCGUGGAGUGAAGAAGCAUUCGCGAAUCAACUUUCAAGAACUGUUGCGAUGCUUUUGGAUCGUUGUGUGGCUAUACCAAUGUUGGUGAAUGGUGAAGAGGAGGGUAUCAGUGGUGAUAGCGCUGAAAACGAUCUCUUGGCAGAGCUGGACGAUGAGGAUACAAUUAACUUAUUGAAAUUAUCCUUCUCCAUUCCACUCAUCGAUUCAAUUCUUCGUGAACCCAAAAAUCCGUACGCAAUUCGACUAAACGCCGUUCAGUUCAACAAUGAGGUGUGCUUACUGCCGUUAACGCGUUUAUGCACGAUGCUGCUGAAUGUGCUCGAAGACGAGUCGAGUGAAUUGUCGCAGUUGGCAUCCAGUUCACUUCGCAGUUUGUGUGAAUUAAUCAACGAUGCAUCUGAUAAGAACGAUAGUAUGAUUGAAAUGUUGACGUUGAUGAUUUCCAAGCUAACGCUCAACAAACCCAACAUUCGUGAAAAUGUUCUAUCGAUAUUGUCAAUACCAGUGGAUCUGUAUGAAUAUGCGUUAGCAAAUGCACAAUACGAGGAGUUUGUGGAUUUGCUGAUAAGGCGAUUGCUGAUCGCGAUGCAUGAUCCGAAUGAGGAUUGCGCUAAAUUGGCUAGUGUCAUAUGGCACCAACAAGAUCUGCAGACUAAUACGGACUUAUGUUCGAAAGUGCUGGAUGAUGUGGUUAACGAAGAGGAGUUUAUGCGCAAAUCGGCAUCGUUAACUCUUGAGACACUCAUCGGUGAAUAUCCUCAAAAACUGGAUCUUGCUCUGUUGAAACUGAACGCUUUGUACAAUGAGCUAAGCGAGUUGAGUGGUGCUGUGAUCGACGAUGUUGGUCGUAUGAUAAGCGAGCCAGUGGAUCAGUUCGCGAAACGAUCGGGUGUUGGUGAGGCGUUGCUGCUGCUCGCCGAUCAUAUACCUCAAUCUGAGGUGAUGACAUUCGUCAAAGUGAUCAUUCCAAGAGGUUUGUGCGAUCGUAACGCUGACUGCCGAGAAGUGAUGCGAAAUGCUGCGAUGCAGGCCAUCAAAAAGUAUGGUGAGGUGUGUAUGGAUGACUUGUUACCAUUCUUGGAAGGUCUGCUGAAUUCAACACCAGACGGACGAGAACAUGAUAACUUGAGACAAGGACUGGUGCUGAUGCUGGGCACUUUGGCCAGACAUCUCGAUCCUUCGAACGACAAAGUCCGAUCGAUCACUGCACGUCUCAUUGAAACUCUAUCCACUCCGUCUCAACAGGUACAAGAAUCAGUAUCAAAGUGUUUACCACCCUUAGUGCCAGCUAUCAAGGAUAACGCCAAAGAAUUGGUGCGUACUUUGUCGUGUCUAUUGAUCGAGGCUGAUUCGUACGGUGAACGACGAGGUGCUGCGUAUGGCUUAGCAGGACUUGUGAAGGGAUUGGGAAUGUCGGCAGUUCGAGAGUUGGAAUUGAUAAAGAUGAUUCAAAACUGUUUGGCGAAUAAGAAGAAUUCGAAGCAUCGUGAAGGUGCACUGCUCGCACUCGAAAUGCUCUGCAGCACGAUGGGUAAACUGUUCGAACCGUAUAUAGUGCAAGUGUUGCCGUCAUUGUUGAUUUGUUUCGGUGACUCGGAUGAGAACGUGAGACGUGCGGCGGACGAUGCUGCACGUGCGAUGAUGGCCAUGUUGUCGGUGCACGGCGUUAAACUUGUUCUGCUGGCCGAUUCACAUUCAAAAGUGCAGAAGUCGGGUGAAAAAGCGUUGAAACAAAUCGCGAAAGUUAUUCGCAAUCCCGAAAUUCUUGGAAUCAGUUCGCAUUUAUUGAUGGGUCUAAUAGACCCGGCCACGAAGACCACGUCGUGUUUGCAAACGAUUGUGAACACUCGUUUCAUUCACUACAUCGAUGCUGCAUCAUUGGCCUUAAUAAUGCCCAUUAUAAGACGAGCGUUCACGGAUCGUAACACUGAAACGAGACGAAUGGCCGCACAGAUCAUUGCGAGUAUAUACUCGCUGACCGAUAAUAAGGACAUGGAGCCAUACCUGUGUGAUCUAGUGCCAGGUCUUCAAAAGUCACUUCUCGAUCCCGUACCCGAGAUUCGUACAGUGGCCGCGAAAGCAUUUGGUGCGAUUGUGGCGUGUUCAUCGGGCGAUACGUCGGUGCGACUCCGAGAGCAAAUUGUGCCGUGGCUGAAGGAGAAACUCGUCUCUGACGCAAGUCCGGUGGAUCGUUCUGGAGCUGCGCAAGGCUUGGCUGAGGUUUUGAAAGCGUUAGGCGAUGACCAAUUAGCGUAUGUAAUGCCAGACAUAAUCAGGACAACUGAAUCCGAGAAUGUUACACCGGAAGUUCGUGAUGGAUACAUUCUCAUGUAUAUCUAUUUACCGAUGCUGUUCGGUGAUCAGUUCGUGCCAUUCUUACCGCAGGUUAUUCCGAGUGUUCUGAAAGCGUUGGCAGAUGAGAACGAAUACGUUCGCGACAGUGCGCUCAAAGCUGGUCAGCGACUCAUCUCGACGUAUUGCUCACAUGCACGUCGCCUUUUGUUGCCACAGCUGCAGACGGCAAUGUUCGAUGAUAACUGGAGAAUUCGUUUCGCAUCUGUGACACUGAUCGGCGAUUUCCUCUUCAACAUUUCC